CCCACAAUGCUUUGCAGGUUGGGCUGUUUGCUCUAUACUGUGUAACACUCAUUUGUCUUUCUGUUUUCUCGGUCAGCGCCAGACCCAGAGCUUAUUACCUGGCGGACAGCGAUGAGGAGUCAUCCAGCGCCGGCUCAUCUGAUGAAGAAGACACAACAGAGAUAACAGGGGAUCGGCAGCAACCACCCGGAGCCGAGGGGUACAUGGGACCUCAUAGAACGAGCAAGAUUAUGAGAUUUGUAGAUAAAAUCACAAAGUCCAAAUAUUUUCAGAAAGCGACAGAAACAGAAUUUAUAAAGAAGAAGAUUGAGGAAGUGUCAAACACCCCCCUGCUGCUGACUGUGGAGGUGCAGGAGUGCAGAGGAACGCUGGUCAUCAACAUCCCGCCCCCCCCUACGGACCGCAUCUGGUACGGCUUCCGGACGCCCCCAUAUCUGGAGCUGAAGGCGCGGCCUAAACUAGGGGAGCGGGAGGUGACGCUCGGCCAUGUCACUGAGUGGAUUGAGAAGAAACUGGAGCAAGAAUUUCAGAAAAUCUUUGUCAUGCCAAACAUGGAUGACGUGUACGUGACCAUCAUGCACUCGGCCAUGGACCCGCGAUCUGGCAGCGAGGUGGCGGAGGAGGAGGCGGAGACUCAGUAACUGCGGAUCCAGCUCCGUACAGUGUUAGACUUUCUUUCUCAUUGAGGGGCCGCCCUGCAUCAGUGACGGCUCUCGUGGGACGAGCACAGCGCCAGCCCCCCCCCCCCCCCCAAAUCCCUGUCUUUACUAAUGGGUCACGUGACCCUGAGAAAUGGUGGAAUGUUGUGGGUGGGGUCUCAAUCGUGUCCACCUCCCCCCCUUGUACUCCAGCACUUCUCUCCUGCACGAGUUGGACGCUGUCAAACCAAAGCUGAUUGGAAGGAUCUGAAGGGGGAGGGGCUGGACCGAUCAGAAACGCUAUAGAUGAAGUUCCACCCCCUAUAACGCACGCGUUAGUGGCAUCAAUAGUGGAAUGAAGGAGCCAUAACCUGUGGUACCAGCGCUCCGCCCCACCCAUGACCAAACUCCUCCCCCUGUGCGGUGGGGCCCCUGCUGGCGGCCAGGGGGAUUACACUACAUUCCAGCGCUGAGCUGCCCCUAUACUCCGCUCCAUAUUUAUAAGAUUAGCGCUUAUAACCCCAUGAAGGAAUAAUUGCCCCUUAUUUAUUGUGUGACGGAGCAUAUGAUGCUUAAUAUGGUGACGUACAAUCCCAGAGUCUCCAGUCCCUCUGACUGUUCUGCCUGUCAGAGUGCCGGGACGCUCCAUAACAAGGUUUUAGCAGUGCCACGCCUAAACACGACUGCGUUAACCCUUGAGGUAAGAUGGCUGGUGUGACGCCUCUGCCGCCCUCUGGCUUUUAUUUUUUGAGUUCUGGUAAAUUUGCCAAGUUUCCUUUGUUUACAGCCGAUGAUUUUAUGGAGAUUUAUUUUUGUUUUUCUGUCGUGUGUCUAGUCUGCACAGUGGCAGCGUCUGUCUUCUAUGUGCAAUGAAUGUUUAUGGUGUGGCGUUUACCCGCCUGCGGCUGGAAGGAGUUCGCCCGUGUUCUCGCGUUCCAUUAAUGUUGCGCUUUUAAUGGUUUUUCAAAAGUGACUAAACUGCAACGUUCCUGAGACACAACUGCACUAUGUGAACACGGUCAGAACGUGGCUGCAAGCGGUGGAGGUUCACUGGGGGGGGGGGGGUCUGUGCCAUCUGUCCAGUUCCCACUGGAGGACCCCAAAAACAUGUCACCUCUACCCUUAGCUGCAGGAUCUUCACCCCCCCCUGCUGAUUGGGACUCAUGUGAUUGGGCGAAAUUUUCUUACAAUGAUUGGACACGCGGGUGCAUUCUGGGUAGGGGGCUCCCCCUCUGGACACGCGGGUGCAUUCUGGGUAGGGGGCUCCCCCUCUGGUGACUGGACACGCGGGUGCAUUCUGGGUAGGGGGCUCCCCCUCUGGACACGCGGGUGCAUUCUGGGUAGGGGGCUCCCCCUCUGGUGACUGGACACGCGGGUGCAUUCUGGGUAGGGGGCUCCCCCUCUGGACACGCGGGUGCAUUCUGGGUAGGGGGCUCCCCCUCUGGUGACUGGACACAGUAGAGCGGUCACUGCACUACAUUGAACUGCGGGUGACUGCAGGGAGUGUAAGGUAACAUCUGCACCAUGGAGGCCUGCGCUCCCGGCUCUGCUGUACUCGCGCUGCACUUGGUCAGAUUUGUGAUCAGAAUUCGCUCAUUGUUUUAUUAAAUAAAGGAAAUAGUCUUUCUGCCACAUCCAAUGUCUUCAUGUCCACCAUCCUAUGUGUGAGGAGGGGAGCGACGCUGCUCUACAAGACUGGAUCUAGACUGCUGUGCAUGACGCUGCUCUACAAG